AAGUUAGAAGCUGUGACCGGUCGUGGUUGUUACUUUCAUUGACGCAUGCAAUCUAUGGCUCAAACUUAAGAUUUUUAAUAUAAUUCUUUCCUUAUAAACCAGUAGAGUCCAUUUUAAAGAUACAUAUAAUAACUUCGAUAACUACUGCACCUAAAAAUCGAUCUCGCUUUCCUCCGGAAGUGAAUUUAGAGCGGUGAAGUUAUUAACAUUCUGCUUCCGCCAUAUUGGUAAAAAUUUCACACCGAGGGACAUGGUGCAGAGACUGGUGUAUAGACGACGUUUGUCGUACAACACGAAAAGUAAUAGAAGACGAGUUGUCCGUACGCCUGGUGGUAAAUUGGUUUAUCAGUAUUUGAAGAAGCCAAAGAGGAUACCUAGGUGUGGUCAAUGCAAGGACAAGUUGAGAGGUAUUCAGCCAGCAAGACCAAUGGAAAGAUCUCGCAUGUGUAGGCGAAAGAAGACAGUAAAAAGGGCAUAUGGUGGUGUACUUUGUCACAAAUGUGUGAAAGAAAGGAUUGUUCGUGCUUUCUUAAUUGAAGAGCAAAAGAUUGUGGUGAAGGUCUUGAAAGCACAGCAAGCAUCUGCAAAGUCAAAGAAGGGAGACAAAUAAUGUAACAUUUUUGAAAAAGAAUAACUCAAUCUUAAAAUAAAGUUUAUGUUAAUA